UUAAAUCCAAUCUUGGUCACUCAAAUUAGUUAAAUGGUUCAAGUUUGGUCACUCUCCGUUAACUUCCGUCAAUCUCCGUUAACACCGUCAAUUAUUUGCUGACGUGGCUAACAGACUCACCUAGUCACUUAUUUUUUACUAAAAUAAAAUAAAAUCCAAUCCUGCCACAUCAUUAAAGCUUUCCACGUCAUAUCCAUCGUUUUCCUUCCUCCUCCCUCGUUUUCCUUCCUUCAGAUAUUAAAUGAGAAUCCAGAUGUUUGACCAGAACCGUUUACGAAACCGGUUAACUCUCCCUUUCCUCUUCUGGCCUUCUCCAUUUCCCCACCUUAUCAUCUCUUCCCCGUUCUCCCCAAAUAAAACAACCGCCGCCACCGUCGGCCGCUUCACACCCUCCCCUUCCUCCUCCUCCACCUCCUCCUCUUCCAACCAACCUCCGCCGUCGACUUCGUCUUCAACAGCUUCAACUCCACAAACUCCUCCUCCAGCCUCUUCCUCUACGGAUCCGCCGCCGUCGAAUCUCGAGUUCUCACCCUCACCAACUCCACCACAUUCACCAUCAGCCGCGCUCUCUACCCGCAGAGAAUCCACACCAAAACCCCCAAUUCCUCCUAUGUCAACCCGUUCUCCACCUCCUUCAUCUUAGCCAUGGCGCCGUACAGAGACGCCCUCCCGGUCCACGGAUUGGUCUUCCUGUUCGUCCCCUUCGCCGGAAUGGAAGGGGCUUCCUCUUCUCAGAACCUGGGCUUCCUCAAUCGCACCAUCGACCACAAUCCUAACACUCGAAUCUUCGGCGUCGAGUUCGACGUCUUCGCCAACCAGGAGUUCAGCGACAUCAAAGACAAUCAUGUGGGGAUCAAUCUCAAUUCGCUCACCUCCAUAUUUGCCAACGAGGCUGGCUACUGGCCGGAUUCGAGACGCUGAGGCUGAACAGCGGCGAGAACUACCAAGUGUGGAUCGACUACCAGGUGUGGAUCGUUAGGUGCAGACCAGAGCCAGGGUCGGAGAUGGUGGUGCUCGUGGCGUUGAUGUUUUUGUCGAAGGAAGGAGAAGAGGGGAAACCGACGAAUUGGACAGGUCGGCGGCAAUAGCUUCUUCCGGUCGUCUUCUCCGGACAAGGGAUUUUGAGGAUUGGUCAAUUUUGGGUUUUAAUUUGGGGUAGGUCAGAUCAUGGGUUAAUGGGUUGGGUCAUAUUGGUCAGGUUUUUAUGAUGUGGGAAGUUUUAAUGACGUGGCAGGAUUGGAUUGGAUUUUAUUUUUGUCAAAAUUAGGUGACUAGGUGAGUCUGUUAGCCACGUCAGCAAAUAAUUGACGGUGUUAACGGAGACUAACGGAAGGUAACGGAGAGUGACCAAACUUGAACCAUUUAACUAAUUUGAGUGACCAAGAUUGGAUUUAAAUAUUUCUAGUGACCAAACAUGAACGCUUUUUAUAAUCUCAGUGACCAACCAUGCAAUUAACCCAUUUUAAUUUUGAUAGGAACUUGUUAUUGUAAAUUUUUUACGACAAAACCCCUGGGUACCCAUGAACCCGCGGAUACCCAGCAGGUUUGUUGGGUUUGAGUUUUUCAAACCCAGUGAGUUUUACCCCAGGUUUUUUUCACGAAUAAACCCAUGGAUUUGGGUUUGACAAAACCCGAGCCAACCCGACCCAUUGCCAUCCCUAGGUAGAGGUGGCAAUUAGGAUCCAAAUCCAUGAAUCCAAUUCAAUCCAUCCACCAAAUUAGCCUAAUCCAAUCCAUUUUAUUCAAAUCCAAUUGGAUUGGUGGAUCAAUCCAUGGAUCCAAAUGGCAAAUUAGGAUUUAGUACCUAUAUUUUUAUACUUUACAUUUUGGUACCUAAAAUUUAUAUUUUAUACGAAAAAUAACAUUGGAAAAUUAAAUUUUGGUACCUAAAAAUUUUUAUCGUGACAUUUUAGUACCUAAACUUUUCAAAAUUUACAUUUUGGUCCAAGUUUUGGAUGUCAUUUGGAUUCAUGAAUCAAUCCACCAAUCCAUUGAAUCCAAUCCAUUUGAUCUAUUGAUCCACCAAUCCAAUCCACGAUCCAAUCCAAUUACCACCUCUAGGCGGUGGUGAUCCAGAAACUCCGAACUCAUUUUCUUUGGAGUUUGGAGACUGAAGGUAGCUGAGAAUCAACCACCAUGCAUGUAUGAUUUCUCAAAUCAUACCAGGUCGCUCAGGAGCUCUCAACUCAUUCUCUUUACAGAUACAAGGAAUCUGAGAUUCAACUGAAACAUGUACCUUUGAAACUCUAAAUUCAUUUUCCUCAAAGUAGAUCAGAAGGUAUAUCAGAUUCAACAACUAUAUCUAAUUUUCCUAUAGUAACAGGCGGUUUGGAAAAUUUCAACUCAUUUUCUUUGGAUACGAGAGGUAGCAGGGAUUCAACCUACAUGUCUGAUUUCUCAGUUUUAACAGGAGACUCAGAAGCUGUUGAUUCUCAUUCUUCAGAGAUAAGAGGCAACUGGGAUCCACCCGACGUGUCAGGUUUUUCAAUUGUCAACAGGGAAUCUGAAGCUCUCAACUCAUUUUUCAUCUGAGAAAACAGUUAGCUGAGAUUCAGCCACAGAGCCUGACUCUUCAGUUGUAACUGAUAACGCACGCCGAAUCUUUAAAAGCAUUUUCAUUGGAGAUUCGAGGCAACCAAGAUUAAAAACCCUCAAUCGUGGCUCAACCACUGUAACUGGUGACACAGAAACUUCAGAGACUUGAAUCAACCACAGUUUAACCACAAAACUUACUUCCCAAUUGCAACCAGGGGCUCAUAUAUUAUUGACUCGUUUCAUCCAGAGAUAAGAGGCAACUUACGGUCAACCACAUUGCUUGAAUUUUUCUUUUGUUAUUGGCAACUCAGAAGCACUAGACCCAUCUCCUUCAGAGCUAAGAGGCAACAAGCCAAAUUCUUUUGGUGUUCUUGGCGACUCAGAAACUUCUGGAUUAGUUCCUUCAGGGACAACAGGAGGCCGACAUUCAACUUCCAAGCCUGACUUUUCAACUAGGGAUGCAGAAACCACCUGAGUGCUUUUCUUCAGAAAUAGGAGGCAGAGGCAGCUGCAGUUGAAUAACCAUGCUUGAUUGUUUUAUUGCAAUUGGUGACUCAAGAACUGUUGGCUUAUUACCUUCCGAGACAUAAGGCAACAGGCAUUCAAUCAGACCCAAUAAUUUUGUAGCACUUCCAGAUUACCAUCAGCCACAACACAGUUUCUUGCCGAAAUUUGAUUUCUAAUAGCUAGGAAAGGAUCAUGCAAAUUUGAUUCCUUUUGUCCAGAUAGGUGAUUCUCAGAACUGGCUUGAGCAUUGUCAUCUUUAUCUGGCACAUUGCUUUGCACCUCCUUUCGAAAGCUGUAGUCUGUGCUUCCCAGCCAAAUUUGCAAAUUUUACCCACUGAAGACAUAGGAAGCUGAUAUAACUAAAGCCAUUCUUCCCCGAAAACCCUCCAGCCCAGCUCUGCAACGAAAAACCGAGAACUUUGAGCCACUUCUAUGCUUCUGGGAGGGGGAAACAACAACUAAAGAAAAUUAGUUAGAUGGGGGUGGUAAACCUUUAACUCAGCUUCUCGGGGAAAAAAUCAGUGAAAUGGUUUCAAUUUUCAACUCGGCACAACACUAUUGACUACAGUACCCGGGCAACUUCUGCAAUCACUAAGGUAAAAGAGAAGAACAAGAGAGAGCAAGAUUCAGAAGCGCAAUGAUCAACUAUCAUGAACUUAAUGCGGGCAUCCACAGAAGAAGCAUAUUCAAGAAAGCACACAGAAGCCAAGACCUAUCCAUUGGAUAGUUCACAAUAGGAGUAACGUUUCGAACCUCUCAAUGUACGGAUUUAACAUGUAGAGGAUCUAAAUGAAGAAACUAACUAACUUAAA